GCAACAGGAUGGAGCCCCAGUCGGGACCAGGAGGACCCACCAGAGCCGCCACACAUUAAAGAGGAGUGGAUCUCCGGUCUGGACCAGGAGGACCCAACAGAGCCGCCACACAUUAAAGAGGAACAGGAGGAACUCUGGAUCAGUCGGGACGGAGAGCAGUUACGAGGGCUGAAGGAGGCUGAUAUCAUCAAGUUCACAUUCACUCCUGUCCCUGUGAAGAGUGAAGAAGAUGUGACAGACUGUGAUAGACAUUUACAACUAGAUACUGAUGACAAAAUGUCAGACUGCUCUGAACCUGAGACUGAUGACAGUUGUAAUUGGCAUGAGACCAGGGAACCUCAGUCAGGUUUAAACCCUCUGCAAAAUAAUAUUAAAUGUAACACUGGUGAGAAAUCAUUUAGUUGCUCUGAGUGUGGUAAACUGUUCAGGCAAAACUCACAGCUGAAGAGACACAUGAUAAUCCACACAGGAGAAAAACCUUUCCCAUGUUCAGUUUGUACAAAACGUUUCGGUGACAGAGGCACUUUAUCCAAACACAUGAGAAUCCACACAGGUGAGAAACCCUUCAGUUGUUCUGUAUGUGGUAAAAUAUUCACACAAAACUCAACUUUGACCGAACACUUAAGAGUUCAUACAGGAGAAAAACCUUUCACAUGUUCAGUUUGUCAAACAAGUUUCAGUCUCAAAAACACUUUAUCCAAACAUAUGAGAAUCCACACAGGAGAGAAGCCCUUCAGUUGUUCUUUCUGUGGUAAAAUAUUUACACAAAACUCUACUUUGACUAAACACUUAAGAGUUCAUACAGGAGAAAAACCUUUCACAUGUUCAGUUUGCAAAGCAAGGUUCAGUAGCAGAAGCAAUUUAUCGCAACACAUGAGAACCCACACAAGAGAGAAAUCAUUUAGUUGCAGCAGCUGUGAUAAAAGUUUCACUGAGCUUAAUGUUUUAAAAGACCACAAGUGUACUGGUUAGAGCAGUGUAUGUAAAUGAAGCUGCAGAGAUGCUUGUUGAGCCAACAGGACUGAAGAACUGAGGGCAAGACUUGGCUCAACACUGAUCAGUUCAGAACUGUGUGACAGACUACAAAAUAAGCCACCUGAUCAUUUUCAUUCUGUUUUCAGUUGGGUUUAGAUUAUUUAGUCGUUCUCGGGGUGCUUUAUGGUAUUACUUGUAUUCAUUGAUUUUAAAAUGGUCUAAAAUUAUUUUGCGCCACGUGUACAGCCCUGAAGUCAACAUGUGUUGUUUUAAUUGUGAUUUACAAUUGACUUGACUUACCUCACAACAACACAGUUUAUUUCUAAUUGAAUGGACUCUCCCAGUCUUGAAUUGAUCCCAUUAGACGCUUUUCCACCAGAAGUACUUUUAAUACCAGGAUCUGCUUUUCAAGGAACUAAAAGGUUCCUUCAGCCCAUUGUUGUGUGCGUUCCCACCGUGGUCUAAAGACCUGCGAAAAUUAGGCUAAUUAACCAGCUGAAGAAAAAGCGAUGGCCAUGCGUCGUUAUUCAUUAACCACGAUCCGUGAGCAGAAUUUAUAAUGAAUAUCUAAUUUCAUUGGAAUAUAAUGAAAAACUAAAGGCUUAGCUUGACCAACAGCUUUUUUGUGUGGGAGUGCAAUGAAGAGAGAAUUUAAUGACAAACUCUAUAAAUCCAUCAAGUUCUUAGAAGAACUCUAGCACAGAGAAAGCAACACAAACCAUAAUGAUGUGACAGUUUGGAAGGUUAUGAAAACAUUUCCAGCUGACAGGAGCUGCAGAUCAGCUGCAGGACUCGCGUCUAUGUCGCCUGAGUGUCGGAGGAACAGGAUUUUUAAUGAGCUUUAUUACCUGCUUUAAUCAACUGGCCCAUUUGUUUUGGAGAGGAGGAGACCGUCUUCAGCUGCUUGUAGAAACAUCCUGACUGAUGAAAACUUUAAACAAUAAAUGAGUCACAAAUGAGUCCAUCCUCACCUCCUCCAUCACCACCUGGUACGCUGCUGCCACUGCCAGGGACAAGGGCAGGCUGCAGCGCAUCAUUC